CGUAGGCGCGCGCGCGCGAAUUUGCUUCCGGCUCCAUCGACUUGUUGGCAAUAUGCCUCACUGCUGUGUCCCCCUUUGUUUAAAUCGAUCAGAGAGUAAAACUGAGACCAAACUGUCUUUCUAUCGCUUUCCUCCGAAAGACAAAGAUAAGAAGAGAUGGCUGCAGUUAAUACGGCGUGAUGGCUUUACACCAAGCCCCUGCUCAAGGGUGUGCAGUUGGCAUUUUCCAAAUGGCAAAGCUGCUGGCCCAUCACGUUUUGCUUGGAACGAGGGGAAGACUUUCCCAGGCCACCUCAGCCUUCCACACAAGAAGAGAAAAACAGUACCACUCCCUCCCAGUGGUGAAGAAGGGACAAAUGAACUUGAAUUACAAAAUUCUGACAUUGCAACCGCAGAGCCCCCUAGUACUUCAGACAACCCAACCGCAGACACCCCUAGUACUUCAGACAACCCAACCGCAGACACCCCUAAUACUUCAGACAACCCAACCGCAGACACCCCUGGUACUUCAGACAACCCAACCGCAGACACCCCUAGUACUUCAGACAACCCAACCGCAGACACCCCUAAUACUUCAGACAACCCAACCGCAGACACCCCUGGUACUUCAGACAACCCAACCGCAGACACCCCUAGUACUUCAGACAACCCAACCGCAGACACCCCUCGUACUUCAGACAACCCUUUUAACAGUGUUGCGCUGCUAGAGAUAGAGGUUGACAUGUUGAGAAGAGAGAAUGAAAAAUUGAAAAGAGAAUUGGAGAAACAAAAACAGACCUUUUCCUUCAGCCAAAUAUCUUCCAAUCGUGUCAAAGUAAAAUAUUUCACUGGCUUACCAGAUGUUGCUACCGUCCUGGUUUUGGAAGCACUCUUAUCUAAGUUUGAGCUACAAUAUCAUUCGAAUUGGACAAUGGCAGAAAUGGAGGUUCAUGGCAUUCCAGUGCAAACCAAGACCCUACAGAAGGCUGUACUGCAACACCUUCGGUGUUAUCAUGGCACAACCUUGGCAGUGUAUGCCAGCACACACAUGGCUGUUGCUGUUCUGGGGAGCGACAGUGACAUUGAGGCCCUCAUCACAGACUACUGA